CACAGGUACACAACGCCUUCAUAAAAAAAAAAAAUCAGAGAGUUUAACAUCAGUAACAAGAUGGAUUAGCUGAUUUGAACUCAGCUCAUUUCAUCUGCAUAAAUGAUGCUUUUCUCUUCGUCUUUGUGCAUGCGUCCUGCAGUGUUUGUUUUUCUUGAUGCAUCGCCAACGUAAUACGGCUCAUUUACAAGAGAGGCGUCAUCAUUCAAAUUAUGUUUUGACAAGACAGACUUAAUGUGAUCAUUACUCUAAUGGAUUUUAUGAGAUGUGCCCCGAUGUCCUUUCCGUCCUGCGGUGAACCCAAAUAGGGCCGUGCUUCUGUAAACCUUCGCCGUGCAAGGCGGAGGUGAGCUUAGCUAUUGUUCUGGAACAGAUGCUCCCUAUUUUGGACAAUAUGAAACCGGCUCCUCUGACUCAGAACUGCUCCAACUGCAGCCAAGUGUUAGUUACAGAGCUCAACCUGGUCAAAGCGGUUGUUCUGGGUUUGGUGCUGGGAGUCAUUAUCGUGUUUGGAAUAGUUGGAAACAUCCUGGUGAUCCUCUCCGUUGUCUGCCACCGUCACCUGCGGACAGUCACACACUACUUCAUCGUCAACCUGGCAGUGGCUGACCUGCUGCUGAGCUCCAUCAUUCUGCCUUUCUCUGCCGUUUUGGAGAUUCUGGACCGGUGGGUGUUUGGACGUGUGUUUUGUAAUGUUUGGGCAGCUGUGGACGUGCUCUGCUGCACCGCCUCUAUCAUGAGCCUCUGCGUGAUCUCUGUGGACCGCUAUAUUGGAGUCAGCUACCCACUACGCUACCCAUCCAUAGUGACAAAACGCCGCGCUCUGCUCGCCGUGAUGGUGCUGUGGGUGCUGUCAAUAGUCAUAUCCAUCGGGCCUUUGUUUGGCUGGAAAGAGCCGGCACCGGAGGACGAGACCGUCUGUAAAAUCACAGAAGAGCCGGGAUACGCCAUCUUCUCCGCUGUGGGCUCCUUCUACCUCCCUCUGGCCAUCAUCCUGGUCAUGUACUGUCGGGUUUAUGUGGUGGCUCACAGAGAAAGUCAAGGCCUGAAAGAGGGGCAGAAGACGGAAAAGUCUGCCUCGGAACGUGUGACUCUCAGGAUACACCGUGGUAACACGGCCGUGUCAGAAGACGAGGCCCUUCGGAGUCGUACACAUUUUGCACUACGGCUACUGAAGUUCUCGCGUGAAAAGAAGGCCGCCAAGACUCUCGGCAUUGUGGUUGGCUGCUUCAUGCUGUGCUGGCUGCCUUUUUUCCUGGUGCUACCCAUCGGUUCCAUGUUUCCUGCAUAUAGACCUUCAGAAACUGUCUUCAAAAUCACCUUCUGGCUCGGGUAUUUCAACAGCUGCAUCAAUCCCAUCAUCUACCCGUGCUCCAGCCAAGAGUUCAGGAAGGCUUUCCAAAGUCUGCUCGGUGUGCACUGUAUGCGAAAGACCCCUAAACCGCUUCAUCACCAUCACAUGAGCGCAGGUCCGAGUCAGAGCCAGAGCCAGAGCCAUGUUCAGCCCCUCACUCUGAGCCUGGACAGCAGGGCGACCCCUGGGCGACUCAGCCCCUCCUCUUCUUUGGCGCUAUCCAGGACCCCUUCCUCCAGAGACAGCAAAGAGUGGAAGGUGCUCUCUGGGAGUCCCACAGGUGGACAUGCUGACACCAGCAGGACCAAAGUGGCCAAACUCUGCAGGAAAAGCUUCCAGCAAACCUGCUGCUGCAUCCUGAAUGGUGGUACUCCUCCAAAGGAAACAAAAUGUGCACAACCGCCUUCAGGUGGAAACCUUCCCACCAUUAAAAUCCACCAGUUGUCCCUGUGUGAAACAGGAGAUGCUGUUUAAUGUUGGGAAUAAUCAGACAUUAGUCAGGACACUGUUUAGGUCAUGGAUGAAAACAUAUACUGAGCAAAACGUCCAAAGCGCCAGGAUAUCUGUGACAAUACAUUUGAUAAGUCAAAUCAUAUAUUCAUUUUGAACAGUGAUUCUUUUAAUAUGAACGUCAAACUCUUGUGAGCUUUCCUUUGUACGCUAAGAACAAUUGCUUCUGGUUGAUAUUGCAAUGCGUAAACUUGAAGUGCUCACUCACUCG